CUGGCCUUAGAAGACGAAAAGCGGAAGGCGUCAGCUGAUUGCCAUAAUAAACAAGAGGUUUGCACAAUCCGUGGCCCGGGCAAAGUGUGACGUUAGGAAAGCACUUGUGCAAGAGUCCUUUCAACAAUCAUUUCUAUCCCAAACUUAGCACCAAUGGGGAAGAAAGCAGAAGAACCAGAUUAUCAGAAGCAGUUUGAAGCAGCUGUCCGUGUCAUCCAAGGCUUGCCCAAGAAUGGCUCAUACCGCCCAUCCUAUGAGGAAAUGCUGCGCUUCUAUAGUUACUACAAGCAAGCCACAGUGGGUCCAUGCCAAAUCUCCAGACCAGGCUUUUGGGACCCUAUUGGCAGGUAUAAAUGGGAUGCAUGGAAUAGAUUGGGAAAGAUGACCAAAGAGGAAGCAAUGGCUGCUUAUAUUGCUGAGAUGAAGAAGGCAGCUCAAAAGGUCAUUAACACCGUACCAUUGGAUGACACAUCGGAAGACAUGUUUGUCUACUUUGAACCCCUCUAUGAAGUGAUCCAUGACAUGCCGAGGCCCCCUGAGUCCUUCUUCAAGAAGAAAACAGGACCAGGAUACAAGGACAAAGCUAUCAAGAGCAAUCAGGCAACCAGUGAGUCCGAGAGCGAAGUGUUCUGUGAUAGCCUGCAGCAGGUGGAACCUGAUCAGGCUACGGUGCUGUCAGACAAACCAAGCCUCCCUCUCAGCAAUCCUCAGAAAUCUCAAGGUGGUGAGAAGAGUGAACAUAAGCCUCCAGUGUACAAACCGUUAUCAGUCGGGGAGGGAGAACUGAAUAAAGGUUGUAUCACAGACCUACAGAUUGCCCCACAUGAAAAGGUUCUUGGCAGUAGCCCUGAAGCCAUCUGUGAGAGCCCAACAGGUGGCUUAAUCCAGCAGGAAGUAGAUCUGCAGGUAACAAGCAUCAUUCAGGCUUUGCAGCAGGACAUGGAGAAAGUGAGGGAAAGACUCAGCUAUUUGGAAUCAUGGGCAGCUUUGCAGAGCCACCCAGCAAUGUUGAAUCCUGGCCUGGCGUCCAUAUCAGAGAAUAAAAAGGAACCACCAAGUUGGCCCGUACAUCUGUCUCCUCAUACCUGGUUUUUCUUGCUGGCAUGGCCUUUCGUUGUACAGUGGCUCCUCUGGUGUUUUCAGAGACAGAAGAGGUGAACUUCAACCUGUCUUUUAAUAGCAUUUUCCAAAUGAACAACUUGAAAAUGACUGGAAAGCCAUGAUGACUUCAAACUAUGGACUUCAGAUGCCCGUCAACAUUUCUACCUACAAAGGACAAUCUUGAAUUUUGCUUAAUCAUCACCCUGCAGUCCUGGCACAAGAAGGAACGUAGUUAAUCAUUUUUUGUUUGUCCUAAAUAAACAUGAAGGAGGAAAAUGACAAUAAAGUGCAAGGGGAAACAGAGGCUUCAAGAGACGAGUCCAGUUGGCCUGUUGGCAUAAAGUCAUCAGUGAUGUCCAUAACACAGAUGGGUAACCUCAGACCCUCCAGUUGUUUUAGACUACAACUCCCAUAACCCCUUUCUGUUGACCAUUGUGGCUGGGCUUUAGGCAGUUGAUGUCCAAAACAUCUGGAGAGCCAAGGUGGCCCCAUCCUAAUGUAGUAUUUACUGUUAUACAAAACUUUGAAUGAGAGAUGGUGAUAGAAGGAGCAUAUAGGCUUCCUUUACUCACAACCCACUUCCGAUGUUUUUUCUUCAGUCUAAUGUGGAAUUUUUCCUGUCCCCUUCUCUUAAUCAUGUUUUCUCCCCUUUUCUGCUACAAGUCCCUCUCUUCCCAAGGAAGGGUGGAUUGUAAAGAGGAAGGGUGGAUUGUAUAGAUUUUUUUUCUGUCUCAGGGUAUUGGAACAAUUCCAGCCAUGUAGGAACAGUUUAAUGGUAACAAAGAAACUGCAUUCCUCUUCCUUUUCUUGAUGCCUGCUUAUUUCAAGCAGCCUGGGAGCAACAAUGCUGAUAGAAAAAGUGCUUCUCAUGUAAUUCAUCUUUCUUUCUCAAAUGUGGUCAGAAAAUGGAAACAUUUUAAUCAAGCUUAAGGUGUGUACGUUUAACCUGGAGAUGAGAUAACCAGCAUCAGAUAUUUUAUGAUUGUCACAUAAACAAUGCAGAGAAACAAUAGUCUGGGUGAAUGGAUGAGCGACACUUUCACUUCUUCACAUGAGCACACUUUUAACCCUUAGCUCACAUCAACAAGGGAGGAGAGCCUUAACAUUUUCUAUUUGUAAACCCAAAGAGGGUGUGUACAUAACCCCGCUGACACUAAGAAAAUGGGGAAGCUACCAAAAUUUCAGUAUACCUACCACUUUAAGGGACAUGUUGGUUUUAAAAAAUGGAAUAAAGGUGGGAAAAUAAAUAAUGAGAACUGAUAUGUGGAAUGCAGUGCUGGGUUUAACAAGAAAGCUUCUCAGAUAAUUCUGUAUAGGACUGACCCCUUAAUCCAGACACUACUCUCUAAAUCUGCUUUAAGGUCUGAUCCAUAUGAGCAUAUGAUUGUAGACAGUUUUGAAUGUGCAGUAUUCAUUAGUUGUAUGAGAACUGGCAACAUGGAAGCAAUGAGUCCUGGUCUACUAGCUAAUGUAUUUUGAUCACAGCUUAGAAAAGUAGUUUAUGGGGGGGGGCUAUCGCUGUCAGAGUCCUAAUGAGCAUACCUAUUAAUUAUGCUGACUGGAAGAUUCUGAAAAUAAUGCCUUGCAUCCCAAAACAUGCUUUUCCUAUUUCUAGUAGGUAAACUGGCAGAUACUUCUGUACAGUAUAGGUUUUUGUAUGUGCUCUGCCUCUAGAAAAUGCACAUGACACUUAAAAUAGAUAUGUACUGUCUACUUAGAUAUUAUGAAUACAGGGACAGAAGGGAAUGGUUUGAGUGUAAAGAUUAUGAUCUUUUUCAGCCUCUUCCUCACCAGGAAUCAAGUAUUUCCAUUUGGCUAAGAACUGCUACCCACCAGCUCUUCUCUGGGCAAUGUGCACCAAAACAGAUUUUGGAGGGCUAGAAAUUCAGAACUAGCACAUCUCCAAUGAUUAUUGUCCAGUCCCUACUUCAGGCAUGGACACAGUGCAGCCUGCCUGAUGGUGUUGGGCUGCAUCUCCCAGGAUUUAGCACAUAAGGCUGAUGGGAAUUACAAUCCAUCAACAUUUACAGGGUUGGACCUUGAUCUCUUCUUCUCUAUUUGAAGACCGUCUGUGAACAGACUCCUUCCCUGGACAGGAAGUUUGACUAUCCAAAUGCAGUGGUAGCGUGGAUGUUUAAAUGCUGGCUUUAAAUUAUUAUCGAAUUACCUGGAAAUGUUGUAUUUUCUUUGUGUAUAUUUUUCUGAUGUUGCCAUAAGUUGGUUUGAACAUGAUUUAAGCCAUGCAUACAAAUAAACAGGUAAUAGGGAUUAUUAAAA